AGCAGGUUUCUAUAGUGAGGUGCAGUAGACAGCAGGUUUCUAUAGUGAGGUGCAGUAGACAGCAGGUUUCUAUAGUGAGGUGCAGUAGACAGCAGGUUUCUACAGUGAGGUGCAGCAGACAGCAGGUUUCUACAGUGAGGUGCGGUAGACAGCAGGUUUCUAUAGUGAGGUGCGGUAGACAGCAGGUUUCUAUAGUGAGGUGCGGUAGACAGCAGGUUUCUACAGUGAGGUGCAGCAGACAGCAGGUUUCUACAGUGAGGUGCGGUAGACAGCAGGUUUCUAUAGUGAGGUGCAGUAGACAGCAGGUUUCUAUAGUGAGGUGCGGUAGACAGCAGGUUUCUAUAGUGAGGUGCAGUAGACAGCAGGUUUCUAUAGUGAGGUGCAGCAGACAGCCUGUCUAACUGUCUCUUCUCUCCUCAGCCUGGAUUGUAACGCGCCACACUCACUUUUAGCAGUCCAAAGUCAAAUAGUGACUCACAAAUUCCUCUGCUUUUCUUUUUCCAGGGAUCAGACAUUAGGGAGAGGCAGCGUCACCUUUCCUCCUCCCUCCUCCACUCCCUACUUCUGCUCCUGCUAGCCUAACCCAGGCCUAUACAAGGGACACUUCUUCCACGUUUUGGUGUUUGUUGGCGGUGAUGGUGGCGCAAGGGGUCAUGGAGACCAGGACCAGCCGGAGACCGUGCAGCAGCGCCCAGAAACACUUACUGCUGGCGGUCGCUCUCAUCGCAUGCAGCUCGCAACUACUGGUGGACGCCAACUCCUGGUUGUCGUUAGCGAUGAACCCUAUCCAGAGACCGGAGAUGUACAUCAUCGGGGCCCAGCCUCUGUGCAGCCAGCUGACGGGACUCUCCCAGGGGCAGAGGAAGCUGUGCCAGCUCUACCAGGACCAUAUGGUCUACAUUGGCGAGGGGGCCAAGACGGGCAUCAAUGAAUGUCAAUACCAGUUCAGACAGCGGCGGUGGAACUGUAGCACCGUGGAUAAUGCAUCCGUGUUCGGACGCGUCAUGCAGAUAGGCAGCAGGGAGACAGCCUUCACCUAUGCCAUCAGUGCAGCAGGCGUGGUGAACGCGGUGAGCAGGGCGUGUCGGGAAGGAGAACUCUCCACCUGUGGAUGCAGCCGCGCCGCUCGACCCCGUGACCUACCGCGCGAUUGGCUGUGGGGUGGCUGUGGCGACAACGUCAACUAUGGCUACCGUUUCGCCCGGGAGUUUGUGGACGCGCGGGAGAGAGAAAAGAACUACCCUCGAGGCUCCAUAGAACACACUAGAACAUUGAUGAACCUACAGAACAACGAAGCAGGGAGACAGUCGGUGUAUAACCUGGCCAACGUGGCGUGUAAGUGUCACGGCGUGUCCGGCUCCUGUAGCCUGAAGACGUGCUGGCUCCAGCUGGCAGACUUCCGCCGCGUCGGAGAGUUUCUGAAGGAGAAGUACGACAGCGCCGCCGCCAUGCGCAUCGGACGCAAAGGGAAACUGGAGCAGGUAGAUAAACGCUUCAACGUCCCGACGCCCGAGGAUCUGGUCUACACCGACCAGAGCCCAGACUACUGUCUGAAGAACGACACCACCGGCUCCAUGGGAACCCUGGGGAGACUCUGCAACAAGACGUCGGAGGGGAUGGAUGGCUGUGAACUCAUGUGCUGUGGGAGAGGAUACGACCAGUUCAAGACCUAUAAGCAUGAGAGAUGUCACUGCAAGUUCCACUGGUGUUGUUAUGUCAAGUGUAAGAGGUGCACUUCACUGGUGGAUCAGUUUGUCUGCAAGUAGCGAAGGAAGGGAGGGGGUCUGGACGAUGGGGAAGAGAGGGAGUCUGGACGAUGGGGAAGGGAGGGAGACUGGACGAUGGGGAAGGGAGG